AUGCCCCGGAUCCAUGACAACCAGGACCCGGUCGAAUUAUUCAAUCAACAUUUGAAGGAUGGAACUCUUACAAAACCAAUGGCUCACGCGUGCCUGAAGGCAGCAUCCAGGCGAGAACGUUAUGAUGCAGGUAUGGGAGAAGCCACAAUCAAGUGGAUGUGGAACGACCACGACAGUUACGAGUUUCCAAAAGAUACCAGCCUUCUAGAUCAGAUGAUCAGACAUCUCGUGAGGGAGAACAAGGAGGAGCUGGUGUGGAAGUGGAUCGAACAANAAAGCCGAAAGUCUAGCACUCUGGGACCCAACGAUCGAUUUGUCUGGAGAGCUGACGCUGUGAGAGCACUCGUUGGCACGAAUGCAUUCGUCUCGGACCACGAUAGUCUUGACGGAGCUUUGGAAUCAUUCUUGCGAGCAAAGUCCAGCAAAUAUUCCAUCCCACUCGCUCCGGCCAGAAUGGAAUGCGCCAAAUUGCUUAUGCUGCCAGUGGAGAAGUCAGCCAUCUCUUGGGACGUCGAAAGCAAGCUCGAAACUCCUAGAUGGCCAAACACCAGUCCGAAGCUAUGGCAGGAAUUCCUCGACAGUAUUGAGACUAUACGGGAUGUCAGUGAGCCUUUAAAGGCACAGCUUCCGUUGUAUCACCCGCAGAAGGCAGACCCAGCUCCUUACCUCAAACACUCUCAACAUCUGGCAAAGAACCCCAAAUUCGUAGACCGUAUGGUCAAAAAACCGUCCAUCACUCCUUGGAUUGCACGGGGUAGGCAUGCCGAGGCUCUAUUGCGGUUGCAAGGGAACGAAAAGGACGCCGAUUGGUUAAAGGGAUUCCUUCAAGAGUUGUAUAAGAAAUCAGAACCGAUUAGAAGGAAGGAGGAAGAGAGAAGUAUCUCGAGGCGCGAGAGAAAUGGCUUGACAGGGUAG